GCUAGUUGCCGAAUGUAACGCUAUUGGCUCCGGGGUUCUGCAGAAAUACAGCAGUGGGUUCAAGGCUGUUUAUAGUUUUGGAUCAGAACAAGAAACAGAGUCAUUGUGAUGUAUUGAUUGGACAUGUUAUAAUAGUUUCAGCGCUUUGGACAGAUGUUUGCUGUGGUUUAAAAUGAAGACUGUAUUCUCUGUAGGUGAAUAUGGAAGGGUGGUUAGAGUUUCCCCCGGUCUCCAGUAAAGUGGAGCAGCAGAAGAUCCAGCUCUGAUCAGCAGCUCCACACCUCUGUACUCAGACUGCUCUGCUGGAGGAACACCAUCAGCUCACCUGCUGCAGAACUAAAUGCUGUCGUGUUCCAAGUUUUCUCCUGAUACCAGUGACAACUGGAUAAAGUUUAGAUUCACAAAAACAAGAUUUCAAAAAGAGGUUAGGCUGCUGAAUGUACUGGAGAACAUGGCAUCCAGAGAGAUCUCCAAUACUCAUCAAACACUCUCUACUACACCUCACAAGCAAAUGCUGAAACGUACAGGCAAGAAGAAAACUCACCACUGUUUAGAAUGUGGGAAGAGCUUUUCUGACCACAGUCAUCUCAGAACACACCAGCGCAUUCACACUGGAGAGAAACCAUAUCACUGUUCAGACUGUGGCAGAAGUUUUACUAGACUGAGUGGUCUCCAAGAUCAUUCCCGUAUUCACAAUGGAGAGAAACCUUAUCACUGCUCAGACUGUGGGAAGAAUUUUAGAUUUCACAGUAAUCUUCAACGACACCAGCGCAUUCACACUGGAGAGAAACCGUAUCACUGUUCAGACUGUGGGACGAGUUUUAGUAGUUGGAGUACUCUCCAAGAACACCAGCGCAUUCACACUGGAGAGAAACCGUAUCACUGUUCAGACUGUGGGAAGAGUUUUAGGAGUCGAAGUAAUCUCAGAACACACCAGGUCGUUCACACUGGAGAGAAACCAUAUUACUGUUCAGACUGUGGAAAGUGUUUUAAUAAUUGGAAUACUCUCAAUGUACACCAGAUCAUUCACACUGGAAAGAAACCAUAUCACUGUUCAGACUGUGGGAAGAGUUUUACUAGACCUAGUUUUGUCCAGCGACACCAGUGCAUUAACACUGGAAAUAAACCAUAUUAUUGUUCAGUCUGUGGGAAGAAUUUUACUAGACAUAAUAAUCUCCAGCGACACCAGCUCAUUCACACUGGAGAUAAAUCGUUUCACUGCUCAGAAUGUGGAAAAAGUUUUACUCAGAAGGGUGGUCUUAAAUCACACCAGCGCAUUCACACUGGAGAUAAACCGUUUCACUGCUCAGAAUGUGGAAGAAGUUUCACUCAGAAGGGUAAUCUUAAAUCACACCAGCGCGUUCACACAGGAGAGAAACCAUAAUCACUGCUCAGAGUGUGCUGUGAGCUUCAGAUCUUUACGAUCAGUCAAUAAACACAAGCAUUAAAAGCAGUCUUGAAAAUGGGCAGUGAUACACCUAAAAUCAUUCCAGUUCCCAACCCAGAUCUAUUGAUCGAUAGAUAGAGGUGUAAACCUGCUUUAAACAGUUGCUGAAGCAUAUACAUCACACAAAAUAUAGUUAUGUAAGCUUUCAUAAGCUUUCAGCCCAUACUCCAAGUUUGUCCUUCCAAGCCAGAUCCUGAGGUAGAUGAACUGAAGUCUGUCUGUAGAGCCCAGUUCACAUGAUCUAGUGAUUGCAAUAAGGAAUUCAAUAAUAAGAGUUUGUUUACUGCAUAUUGUACUAAAAUUAUAGCAAUGUUUUUUGUCAUAUUUUGUGUCAUUAUAAGGUACACAUACACAACAAUGAAAUACAGUUAGAUCGUACAACAGUUAAUAAUAAAUGUAUUAUAUUAAAUAGAAAUGUUAAAUAUAACAAGUUAUAGGUCACUAUACAUAUACAGCUCUGGAAAAAUGAAGAGACCACUUCAGUUUCUGAAUCAGUUUCUCUGAUUAUACUAUUUAUAGGUAUAUGUUUAAGUAAAAUUAACUUUGUUGUUUUAUUUUAUAAACUACGAACGACAUUUCUCCCAAAUUCUAAAUAAAAAUAUUGUUAAAACAUUUAUUUGCAAAAAAAAAAGAGAUGCAGAGCUAUUAGACCUCAAAUAAUGCAAAGAAAACAAAUUCAUAUUCAUAGUUUAGAAAUCAAUAUUUGGUGUAAUCACCCUGGUUUUUAAUCACAGUUUUCAUGCAUCUUGGCAUGUUCUCCUCCACCAGUCUUACACACUGCUUUUGAAUAACUUUAUGCCACUACUCCUGGUGCAAAAAAUCAAUGCAGUUCAGUUUGGUUUGAUGGCUUGUGAUCAUCCAUCUUCCUCUUGAUUAUAUUCCAGAGUUUUUUUUUAGUUCUGUAACAUCAAAGAAACUCAUCAUUUUUAGAUGGUCUCUUUCCCGAGCUAGUAUGUAGUAUGUUCAAUCCCACUGAAUCACAGAUUGACUAACACGACUCAGAACUUGCUGUUGGACAGUGGUUUAACUGAAGUAAGACUUUUCCAACAGCGUUUGGAUAAGUCACUUAAACAGUAGAGUCAGUCAGAUAAGAUGGGAUGCUUUGGCUGCUUAUCACUCUCUGGUUUGAAAAAACUUUUUUUGAAACCUAACAGUACAGUGACCUAUACAUUUUUAUGGGCAAAUCAGAAAAGGUGUAAAACACUACCAGUCUGAAAGCAUUCACAUGUGAUAUGUAGAGGGUAAAAAAGGUGGAUACAGGUGAGGAUUCUGGUGUCUUCAUCAAUGUUGUCAAUUUGAAGCCCUUUAAUACCUGGGACACUAGCUGCCACUAGCAGACAUAUAGUACAGACGAGCAGAGGAAUGUUGCUUGACCACAGUGGGUCAAUGGGUCAAUUAAAAACACUUCUGAGUAUGAGCACGACCAGGUGACCCUUUUGACUCACCUUUUUAUCAUGACCAAGAUUUACCUGACCACAGCUUGAGCUCUGACAGCUCCAGCAACGAGGCUAUUAUACAACACUUCUCACAAAACACACCUCAGGACAAAGACCUAUUUAUUGACACUAAUGCUGCCCAACACUUUUAGACAGUAUAACUUUUGGCACAGGCAGAUUUCCAGAGUCCCAGACCACAUCAGAAUGAUCAGUAAAUAGGAAGACCAGCCCUCAAUCUUCAUUAAGUGCUAUACUAAUUUCUUGCUGUUAAAAGUAGAAGGGAUUAAUCAAGAACUGACUAAUUUGAUAUUG